UUUCAGAAUACAAUACAAUAUCCAAGCUGGAAAAGUUUCUUUCACACUGUGCAAGUGCAGUACAGAGAGUCUUUACUCUGGCUGGCCUUGGAUGGGGCCGGUCCGGUCCGGUCCGGUCCGAGUACACUUCCAUCUAACGAGCAACGCUCCCUUUCCCCAAAAAAACUUUAAUGUCUCUCUAAAAACAAUUCCUUCUUUAAUAUCUUUCUUUCUUUCUUUUAUUUGUCUUUCCUUUAACAACAAUUAUUCUUUGGAAUUUUGUAUUUCUAGGGAUUUCUCUCUUUGUCACUGUAAACUAUUCAUUGUCUCUGCCACAGAGGAAUUUUUCAUUUUUGCGUUCUUCAAAAUGAAGCAGCAGCAGUUUGAAUUAGAAGAAGAAGAAGAAGAAGAGGAGGAAGAAUUUUAUGAUGAUGAAAAUCCCAGCAAGACGUUUGAUGAAGUCUCCAUGGAAACUAGUAAAAGCUUCGUUAAAGCUCUGCAUGAAUUGAAGAAUCUAAGGCCUCAGCUGUACUCUGCGGCUGAAUAUUGCGAAAAGUCGUAUCUCAACAGCGAGCAGAAACAGAUGGUACUUGACAACCUGAAAGAUUAUGCAGUGCGAGCCCUUGUUAAUGCUGUUGAUCACCUUGGAACUGUUGCAUACAAACUAACCGACCUCUUUGAGCAACAAACGGAAGAUAUCUCGACAAUGGAGCUAAAAGUUUCAUGUCUCAAUCAAGAACUUCUUACUUGCCAAACUUACAUGGACAAAGAGGGUCUAAGGCAGCAGCAGUUGUUAACAUCUGUUCCAAGACAUCACAAGCAUUAUAUUUUACCAAAUUCUGUCAAUAAGAAGGUGCACUUUAGUCCACAAAAUAUACAAAUGGAAGCAAGACAAAAGCUUAUUCAUCAAGCAAAACCAUGUGUUUAUCCUUCAGGUAUCCCAGCAUCACAAACUCUUUCGUGGCAUUUAUCAUCAGAAACGUCUUUCAAUGGGAAUCAGCAGUUGCCAACAAGUGAAGACACAAAAGCCUUGAGAGCAACUGCCACAGCCUUUCAACUGCUAGAAAGCGUAGAUGCUGUAUCUGUAUCAAGUUCCUCAGCUCAUCAAAACCAGUCGCUUGUUGGAGAUCCUACUUCGAAUGUGGCCCUGCCGUCAUUUGGUGUCACCCGAAGGGAUUCUUCAAGACAUGCCUCAAAACAAGUAGGCGCACACAGAUCCUUUGACAAUGCUGGACGGAAGAUUAUACGUGCUCCAAUCCGCAGCAGAAGCUUGCUGUCCGCAUUCUUGGCUAAACAAAGAACCAAGGCAGGUUGUAUAUCGGGAUAGUCCGCAUAGGAACUAUUUAUUAUUUGAGUAAAUAGCUAAGAGUAUUAUCUUUUUGUAAAGACUGAUCCCAUCAUAUGCAUGUCCUUCCCACUUAACAACUUUCAUCCUGGAUAUCUAAAAAGUAAAUUUUAACAGCAAACAGUCGUGAUUGUUCAAAA